AUGAAAACUUUCGUUAGAUCAACCAUCUUAGAAGAGAGAAAUGCUUUGGUCGUUCGCAAACUGAUGAAGAAGGUAAGACGGGAUAACAAAGUUCCCACAUACGACGCCAUUGAUUGUGUCCGACUAGAAAUUUGGAUGGUUUAUCCUUCAAAGGGUAUUCUGGAGAAGGUAUGUCCAACCUAUUUGUCAACAAGAUAUGGGGGGACACCUGUAAAAGAGCCUCUGAUGCCAAAGUCAACGAAAGGAGGAAGAGGUACCGAGCAGAAUACUAGGUUUCUCUUGGAGGACGAGCUCAUGAGCAGGCGUGAUUCGUUAGUCCCUGAAUAUGAGGAGGACGAGCAGGAUGAAGAUCCUACCCGGGGAAGUGCUUUCCCAGUAGAAUGCAGACUUGUCCCUUUGGAAGGCCUAUUUGGACCGAGCCAAGUUAAUUGGGCUGUUCUGAUUGCAGAAGCGGAUUGGCCCGUAUGA